AUGCCUGUAAGAUCUGAAGGUGAUGUCGCCCCUUUAAUUGCACUGGUGCAUUUAAUCGAGGGGACACAACAUAAUAUUGGGGCCCCAGCUGUUGUCACCAAAUUCGCCAAUGUUACCAAGAUCUUCUUUCUGGUGUUGAGAUAA